GAUACCUCUUAACAACUCCGAAUCAUCAUAUAAUUUAUUUAGAAAAUAAAUACAGAUACAUACAAAGUAAUAAGUAAGCCGUGGUAAAUUCAAAAUGGAGCCUAAAUUCUCGAUACUACUAUCGAUUUUUUUCGUAACGCUUUUUAUCAAUUUCGGUGCUUCAAUCAGGUGCUACGAAUGUAACAGCGCGAACAACUCCAUGUGCUUCGACCCCACCAUCUACGACCUGGAGAGCGUUCAGAAGUUCCUGCGCACCACGGAGUGCGAGCGUAGCGUGCUGGCAGCUGCGCACGCGGACAAACCGAUGUUCUGCAGGAAGAUUAUCCAGACGAUCCUUCACAAAGGUCACGACCCUGAGGUCAGAGUGACCCGCGGCUGCGGCUGGGUCAAACAUCGCCGUGACUGCUACAAAGCUGACAAUGAAGACCACCUGGAAACUGUCUGUCAGUGCUUCAGCGACGACUGCAAUGGCGCCGCAUACCUUAACUAUAGUCUACUUAACAUUAUCACCAUAAGCUUUGGCAGUUUAGCUUUAUUUCUGUAGGAAUUCUACUAAUCUGAGUAGGUAUUGAUCGGGUAAUCCGCGUAAAACCAGGCAAAUCUGUUAUGAUCAUUUACAUUAUCAUUAAAGAAGAUAGAUUGGAAAAUAAAUAGUUUUUACCAGUUUGUAUAUAAAGUUCUUUCCAACAACUCUUAUUUAGCGAAAUUACUUUUCCUAACUGGAAAAUCACGAACACGCACUGGGUAAUGCUAAGUAUACUUAUAGUACUAACAAAUAAAAAUACUGUUUUGAUGUUA